AAUCCCUCCACAGUCCACACCACGGCCGUUGGGCGGCGCUUCUCCACUCCACUACCUCCACUCCCCCCAAAAUCCUCCACCCAAACCCCAAUCCGGCGACGCGACGGCGGCCCAAUCCCCGCUCACAAUGAGCCCCCCACCGCCGCAGCGCGGCCGCCACUCGCCGCCGGCGCUGGACGACGACUCCAUGAGCGAGAUCUUCCUGCGCAUCCCGCCGGACGACCCCAAGAGCCUCGUCCGCGCCGCCGCCGUCUGCCCGACCUGGCACCGCAUCCUCUCCGACGCCGCCUUCGCCCGCGGCUACCGUGCCUUCCACAGGGCGCCGCCCAUGCUGGGCUUCCUCCACAACAAGAGACACGAGAGGCCGUGGGGCAGGGGGUGGCGCAGGCGCCACGAGGAGUACCUGGUCUCCAACUUCGUCUCCACCGCGUCCUUCCGCCCGCCGGCGUGCCACGAGCGCCGCCACUGGCCCGCCAUGGACUCCCGCCACGGCCUCGUCCUCUUCCACACCCCCAAGAGGUGCGAGGACUUCGUCAUCUGCGACCUCGUCACCUACGACCGGUGGAGGAUCAAGGCCGACCCCGCCUGCCGCCGCAUCAUCUGGAAUGGCCGGUUUGAUGAGGAUUGGGGCGAGUACGAUGAUGAGGACGAGGACGUCACCUGGAACGCCGCGGUGCUCUGUGCCAAGGACGGCUGCGACCACCUCUACUGCCACGGCGGGCCUUUCCUCGUGGCCCUCGUGGGCUCCGUCAGGGGACGGCAGAUGACAUUUGCCUCCGUCUACUCAUCGGCGACUCGUAAAUGGAGCGGCAUGAUCUCCGUCAAGGAACCGAAUGUCAUCGAGAUGACCGGGCACAAUGCAGUUGUGGGAAACAAGGUGUAUUUCCCCUGUGAGCAGAGCGACAGUGUCUUGGAGUAUGACAUGGGUGAGCAAAAACUGUCGGUGAUACGUGCGCCGUUUGCUGGACUGGUGGGAGCGGAGGGCGGCCUGCUCGUGUUCGCGACGGUGCUGAAGCCUAGGCUCCACAUAUGGUUAAUGGAGGUCCGUGUCCGUCCUGAUAGAACUACGGCUUUGGCGCGACGCAGGAGCAUUGAGCUCGCACCAAAGCUCUCUGCUUAUGCCUUGUUGGACGUGUCGGUGGUUGGUUUUGCAGAAGGUGUUGGUGUCAUAUUCCUGAGUACAAAGGCUGGGUUGUACACAGUUGAGCUCAGUUCGGGCCGAAUCAAGAACAUGGACAGAGAGCCAAGCCUCGGCAAAAUCAUGCCAUACAUGUGCUUCUACACUAGAGAAUGGGGGCGGUUGCCGACCUCUGACUAAACUUCUAUCGCAGUUGUUGGCGCUGCAGCGAUAUAAUCAAAUGGCGUCAAGAUGAUCAGUCUGUUUACUUUUGCUGCCUGGGAAGAAUUUGAAGUGAACUUCGGUGUCUUCUGUUGCUGGUUGUGUUGGACAGUUUGGUUACAAUGGAUGCACUUUUGGCCUAUGUGUGCCUGCGCCGAAACUUGAGUUUGUUCGUCCGAGCUGCGUGUGUCACGUUGUGUCUGUAGCCCCAGCAGGGAUGCUUCACCUAAAUGAAUGUAAGGAAGCGGUAUUAGUGCAUGAAGAACAUGAUCGGUUAACUUAUGAGUGUAGACUUAUGUACGUACCUAAAUUUUCAGAGGACGAAGAUAUCUAUGUGGUGAUAAGCUGGGCUGAGUCGCUCUCUGGAAGGGCAUUCUAUAUUUCUGUGUUGUGCAGUGCUCGAAGAUAAACCCAUGUCGUUUGCGGGGGUGGUUUAAUAAAUUGUAUCAAGACCGAGA